CGUGCAAUCGCACGGAUAUUUGCCCGUGUUUCUACAUGUAAACCGAGUUCUGCAUCCCUGCAGCCUGACUAGGGCGUUGCUUCUUCCAACUGCUCGUCUCAGCACAAGCAUACUUAUCUGCAAGUGUACGCUGCAAAUCACUUGCCGCCUUUUCGCUCGCUCUCUGCCAACCUGCAGUCCUGCGAUUCGAUUCAAGCGAUAAUUUUUUUCUUUCAGUCUGUCCUUUCGCAGCAAAUGCUGAAAUUGGUAAAUCCUCGCAAAUCACCCUCUCGCGACAACCUGGCAAUCUAUAUCCGCCUUGUAAAAUGGCGUUAGGCUGGACAAAGAAUCAAAAUGCGACGGGCGACAGCCCUUCUAACGUCCAGGACUCAAAGGCUUACCCUUCGGAAAAACUCUCUGGAGAUGCAGAGAAACAAGCCUUGGGUCCUUCGAGAAUGAAUCGGAUUGCCGAUCCGCUCCCUGGCCUCGUGUCAGAUUCCGAUUCCGAGACCAGUGUGAGCGUUGCGAAGCAAAUGGAGCUCGAGUCUUCCAAUGCCAUCAAAUACAGAACAUGCAGUUGGCCCAAGACUGCUGCAUUGCUCUUUUCAGAGUAUAUCUGUCUGGCGAUCAUGUCUUUCCCGUACUCUUAUUCUGUGCUAGGACUGGUUCCCGGCCUCAUUUUAACUGUAGUGGUGGCCGCACUGGUGCUUUAUACAUCACUUGUUCUUUGGGAGUUUUGUCUUAGACACCCAGAAGUAAGAGACGUCUGUGAUAUUGGACAAAUGCUUUUCUGGGGCCAGCGUUGGGCUUGGUAUCUUACGGCUAUUAUGUUUUUGCUCAACAACACCUUCAUUCAGGGUCUGCACGUCCUUACUGGAGCAAAAUAUCUGAACACAAUGUCUAAUCAUAGCGUGUGCACGAUCGGCUUCUCGGCGAUCGCAGCAGUUAUAUGUUUCGUGUGUUCACUCCCUCGAACUUUCUCAACAUUGGCUAAGCUUGGUACCGCUUCUGCCUUCUUCACCUUCAUCUCUGUCCUCUUGGCUGCUAUCUUUGCCGGCAUCGAAGCCCAUCCUGCAGGCUAUAACCCCAACCCCAAAUACAUCAAUCCGGUAACUGGUACUGGUGGCGGUGAACCUAUUGUCUUAGCUGUGCCGGCCAAGGGGACUACUUUCGUGGCUGGAAUGAACGCCUUUCUCAACAUUAGCUAUACAUUCAUCGGCCAAAUUACGCUUCCAAGCUUCAUCGCUGAAAUGAAGAACCCUCGGGAUUUUCCAAAAGCGCUGUGGGCUGUCACUAUCGCCGAAGUCAUUCUUUUCAGCCUGGUCGGAGCUAUCGUCUAUGCGUACACUGGAACACAAUACAAUACCGCACCAGCUUUUGGGUCGCUCGGCAAUGAAGUCUAUAAAAAAGUUUCGUUUUCGUUCAUGAUACCGACGCUGAUUUUCCUCGGGGUCCUAUAUGCCUCAGUCUCUGCGCGGUUUGUCUUCUUCAGAAUCUUUGAAGGCACCCGCCAUAAAGGAUCUCACACUGUGGUUGGGUGGCUCUCAUGGGCCGGCAUUCUUGCAGUGACUUGGGUGCUCGCUUUCAUAAUCGCAGAGGUCAUCCCUUUCUUCUCAGAUCUGCUCUCUCUUAUGAGCUCACUCUUUGAUUCCUUCUUUGGCUUCAUCUUCUGGGGAGUAGCAUAUUUGCGAAUGAGAAAGGUCGAUUAUGGUCCCGGAUGGAUUCAUCGACGAGGAGUCCGAGGUAUUGGUGGAUUCUUACUCAACAUCAUAAUUAUCGCGAUUGGAUUCUUCUUCCUUGGCGUCGGUACAUAUGUAAGUCUCUGGUUCUCGUGCAUUUGGCAUUGACCUGAACUGACCCAAGAAAGACCUCUGUGCAGUCCAUCAUUGACGGUUACAAUGCGAGUGCGUUCGGGGGCGCAUUUACUUGUGCUAGCAACG